AUUUAUAUCCAAACUUGCUGUAGGUCUUCACCCUUUCAUUUCCUCCCCCCCUCCCCCUCCUUCUCCCUUUUCUUCCUUCCCUCUUCUGGGGAAGCCAUGGCAUUCACUGUUGUCCGGUUUAUUGGGUUAUGUUCUCUUCUUCUUGGUUAUGGAGUACAUGUUGAAGCCUCUCACCUGGUUAUCUUACACCUUCAAUCUCAUCAGAACACUACAGCAACCCAUCAGCCUUACAGAACUGGCUAUCACUUCCAACCGGCUAAAAACUGGAUCAACGACCCUAAUGGACCGAUAAUUUAUAAGGGAAUCUAUCAUCUCUUCUACCAGUACAAUCCAUAUGGUGCAGUCUGGGGUAACAUUGUCUGGGCACACGCCACUUCCACUGAUCUUGUCAAUUGGGUUCACCAUGAAAUUGCAAUCAAACCAUCGAUAGAUUCUGAUAUUAAUGGCUGUUGGUCUGGUUCAGCUACAAUCCUCCCUGGAGACAAACCAGCCAUUCUUUAUACUGGUAUAGACCCACAAAAUCGCCAAGUCCAGAAUUUAGCAGUGCCCAAGAACCUCUCUGAUCAGUUCCUGAGAGAAUGGAUCAAACCACCCCAAAAUCCUGUCAUGACUCCCAUUGAUGGGAUCAAUGCAAGUUCAUUCAGGGAUCCCAGCACUGCUUGGAAGGGUUCGGAUGGGCGAUGGAGGGUGAUCAUCGGAAGCAAGAUCGAUCAACAAGGGAAGGCAAUUCUCUAUAGGAGUAAGGAUUUCAUUCACUGGGUCAGAGCCCAACACCCACUUCAUUCAUCCAAUAACACAGGAAUGUGGGAAUGCCCAGAUUUCUUCCCGGUCUCUGUGAACAGCACAGUUGGUCUUGACACUUCUGUGAAUGGUCCAAGUGUUAAGCAUGUGCUUAAGAUGAGUUUGAAUGAUAAAUUACAUGACUACUACCAAAUUGGUACUUAUGAUCUGAAAAUGGAUAAAUUUGUCCCAGUGGACAAUGGUUCCUUCAACAAUGGCUCAGACCUGAGAUAUGAUUAUGGAAAAUUUUAUGCUUCGAAGACAUUCUUUGACAGUUCUAUGAAACGAAGGAUACUAUGGGGUUGGAUUAACGAAUCCGAUAGCGAACAAGUUGAUGUCAAUAAAGGAUGGUCAGGAGUUCAGGCAAUUCCCAGAAAUCUUUGGCUCGACAAAACUGGGAAGCAAGUGGUGCAAUGGCCAAUCGAAGAAAUCGAGAAGUUACAUGAAAAGCCAAUUGAUUGGCAUAAUACAGAGUUGAAGGCAGGAUCAGUACUUGAAGUUUUGGGCGUCACUGCCUCGCAGGCCGAUGUGGAUGUCUCAUUUGACUUGUCAACGUUGGAGAACGCUGAAAACAUGGACCCAAGUUGGGCUAAUCCACAAAUGCUUUGCAGUGAAAAAGGGAGUUCUGUAAAAGGAAGUUUAGGGCCAUUUGGGUUGUUAGUUUUGGCUUCCAAAGGCUUGGAAGAACAAACAGCCAUAUUUUUUAGGGUAUUCAAACCUGAGAAGAGCUUUGUGGUGCUCAUGUGCAGUGACCAAAGCAGGUCUUCUUUGGGGCAAGACUUGGAUAAAACCACCUAUGGUGCUUUUCUGGAUGUGGAUCCUCUUCAGGAAGGACUGUCACUGAGAAGCUUGAUAGAUCACUCCAUUGUUGAGAGUUUUGGUGGCAAAGGAAAAGCUUGUAUCACAGCUAGGGUUUAUCCUGAACUGGCUAUAAACGAAAAUGUACACUUGUUUGUGUUUAAUAAUGGAACCGAGAAUGUAAGAAUCUCAAAAUUGAAGGCUUGGAGUAUGAAGAAAGCUCAAAUCACCUAUUAAAAGGGAGGCAGAAAGA